GUGUUGGGGGUCUUUGUCUGGUCUGUAGCAGACUGCAGGGUGGGAGAUGCAACAAUGGCCUUGAGAACAGCAGGAAGUGUGUUGGUGGUCUUUCUCUGGUCUGUAGCAGGUGUUCUGGGACAAAAUACUGUGAGGAGUGUCUGUGCCUUAAAGGGGAGUUCAGUGGACAUUCGCUGUCCUGUUCCCAGUGUGACCCAAGUCACAGAGAUAGUCUGGUAUAGCACACAGUUGAAUGGUAAGCUGUAUGAUCUGAGAUGGGACCCUAAGUAUGAUGGGCGUGUGGAGUACAGUGGAACUACAGAGAAGGACUGUAUCCUGAGAAUCACAGACCUGAGACAGAGUGACAUAACAACAUAUCAAUUCUUCUAUAAAACAAACCAGUAUUCAGAAUGGAAACAUUCAUAUGGAUUCACUCUCAGUCUCACAGAUCUAAAGGUGGAGAGGAUAUAUGACAACACACUGACCUGUAGCACCACCUGUACUCUGACUGGUAACCCCACAUACAUCUGGUACAAGAACGGACAACAUCUAGAUGAGAGCACCUCCCCCCAGUACAAAUACUCAGUCUCCAGUAACUAUGACGAUAGUUACUCCUGUGCUGUAAAAGGCCAUGAGGAUCUCCCCUCUCCUGCAGUGUGUGUUCAGGGUCACAACUGCUGGAGGGUGACUUACACCAAGAGGAGAAUCUGUGUCUUGAAGGGCUCCACAGUGGACAUAUCCUGCUCUUACACUCAUCCCACUAGUUAUAUAGAACAAGGUUCAUUCUGGUUUACACAGAAACACCCUGUAGAUGUCAGGUCAUAUCCAGAGUCUGCAGGUCAUGUGGAGUACAAUAGGAACACAGAGAACCACCACACCAUGACAAUAACACACCUGACAGAGAAGGACUCGGCUGAAUACAAAUUCAGAUUAAUAACAACAAAUAAGGGGAGAUUUUCUGGUCUUCCUGGUGUGAUGUUGACUGUCACAGAUAUCCUGUUGGAGAUGGAUCCUACGUCUGUGUCAGAGGGGGAGAGAGUCACACUGAGAUGUAGAACCCAAUGUACAGUCGGUCUCAACCCCACCUACAUCUGGUACAAGAACGGACAACGUCUAACCAACACAAUCACCAGUUAUAACAGCCUGAUCCUAGACCCAGUCAGCAGUGAGGAUGCAGGGAACUACUCCUGUGCUGUAGAAGGCUUAGAGAGAAUCCUCUCUCCAGAAGAGACUCUCACUGUCAGAUAUGGCCCAAAGAACACCUCAGUGUCAGUCAGUCCCUCUGGUGAAAUAGUGGAGGGCAGUUCAGUGACUCUGACCUGCAGCAGUGAUGCCAACCCACCUGUGGACAAAUACACCUGGUACAAGAAGAACGUAACCUCACCAAAAGCAUCAGGACAGAGUUACAGCAUCACUAACAUCAUCUCUGAGGACAGAGGAGAAUAUUACUGUGAGGCCCAGAAUGGAAGAGGAUCUAUGAACUCUACAGCUCUGAUGAUCAUUGUAGCAGGGAAACAAAUAUCAGUUCAGACUGCAGCUGUAGGAAUCAUUGUUGUUGUUCUGGUUCUCAUCCUCUGUCUCUCUGGACUCAUGUGGUUCAGGAAGAAGAACUCCACAUCCACCUCCAACACAAGAGACACAGCAGAUGAUGGACAGGGAGACUCUAGUCCAGUGUAUGACAACAUCUCAAACAUGGACAUGACCCCUACUGCAGCACAGACAGAGUCCACAGACGACCAGGAUGAUGUUCACUACGCCAGCGUCCACUUCUCUCACUCCAAAAACCAGGAAGUGCCUCUGUACUCCACCGUCCAGCUGCAUCAACCACAGAAACAGGACCAAGAUGUCCAAUACGCUGCUGUGAAAUUCAACCUCCCCAGUUCUGCCACCCAACCAGCAGCAGCACAAGCAGCUGAGGUGGAUGCCUCUGAGAUCUACAGUACAGUCAAUAAACCCAGAACCAAGAAGACUUGAACAUAACAAACCCAGAACCAAGAAGACCUGAACACAACAAACCCAGAACCAAGAAGACAUGAACACAACAA